UUCUUCCAUUUUAAACUUUCUUGUCAAUCAUCCUUUCGACCUCUACCAUUCAAAGGAACUCUAUAAGCAAAGUUAGGAAACAAGGAAAAAGAUGACCAAAUACGUGCCUGUUGCCGAACAGAGCGAAGAAGAUCUGAAAUGGAUGAGGGAAGCAUUGGCGAUGGCACAAGAUGCAUUUUCUGCUGCUGAAGUUCCGGUUGGAAGCGUUUUUGUACGAAAUGGAGAAUUGAUCGCAAAAGCAAGAAACCGAACGAACGAAUUAAUGAAUGCAACAAGACAUGCAGAAUUAGAAGCAAUCGAUUAUAUUCUUUCAAUCUUUCCACCUAAGACGGAAAAUUUCCCUUUAUCACCGCAUUCAGGACCGCCAGGCGAUAAUCCAUUUGCAGAAACAACGUUAUAUGUCACCAUCGAACCUUGCAUCAUGUGUGCAUCAGCUCUGCGACAAGUUGGAAUCAAGAGGGUAUGCUUUGGAGCGGGUAAUGAACGCUUUGGUGGAAAUGGUAGCGUUGUACCUGUGCAUUCUGAUCCAAUGCUCAAAAAUGCACCACCAUACGAAGCUGUUGGUGGAUUUUACAGGGAAGAUGCAAUCAUGCUACUAAGGCGCUUCUAUCUUACAGAGAAUGUCUAUGCACCAAACCCAAGAAGCAAGGCAAAACGUGUACUAAAGACAGUCUUUCAGCCGCCUGGAGUAUCUAUGCAUGGACCGAAUGGACAAAAUCUCAAGAAACCUUCUUCCCGUCAACGUAUUCGAUCAGGGAAUAACACUCGAAGCAGCACACCGGGAGGCACCAGUGAUGCAAGUGGUAGCGGAGCAGAGGCAAUGUCAUCUUCAACGAGCGCUCUUCCACCAAAACAUCCUGUUGAAAUAAUCAAAAAUGCUGGUGAUUAAUGCACGCUCUUCAGACAUAGAUAAAACUUCAUUUGUACAAUAUGGAUUCAACACAUCUUUAUG